AUGAACUAAGAGAAAUCAUAUUAAAGUUUAUUGCUCAAAUAAGAAGAUAAUACAUAAUUACGUAAGUUUGAUUUAGAUAUGGUGAUAUAUUAGCAAAUGUAAUAACAAUUACAAUAAGAAUAGACCUAUAAUCCAAACUAAAUUUCUAAUUAAAUUUUGAAACCUUAACAACUUGCUUAAACACCAUUGAAAACUCUGUUUUCAUAAUCAUCAAAUAAAUCUAAAUAAUCAAAGAAAUCCAAAGGAUUCAUUAACCCUCUAUAUCAUGAGGUCCUGGAUAUUUUUAAAUACAUCAAAGUAAAUAUAAACUCCUAAAUUUAAACAAUCAAAGAAGUCACUACCUCUACCAAUCAAGAUUACAGAUUCUUCAAACCAAUAACAGAGAUCUAAAUUAAAAAAUUAUAAUAUUAAAUUCUAAUUUAAAAUAUUAUAUCUACAUAACUUUAAAUCAAUAUAGAUAAUUAAACCAAAUCUAUGCUUUUCCCUUGUGAUAUUCAAAUUAAAAUAGUCAAUAAUAAAGCAAAGAGAUAAUUUAUUAUUAUACAAUAUCUAGUUUAUUUAAAAACAUAGAUAAGUAUUUUUAAGCUUUAAGAAUUUGAUUUUUUAUGA